UGUGCAGAGUGCACCCUGACAUGACACUGUAUUCAACAUUUAAGAAACUAAGAAAUUGAUUAACAAAAACAGAAAUGGCUAGCAAGGUCCGCCGGCAAAUUGGUGAAGGAGUUUCUUCUUCUACUAAAAACAACAUUAUUGUGCAACCAAAGUUCUACAAGAUUAUAUUAUCCCAACAUGAAUGCACCCGUCUAAGGAUUCCGGAAGACUUUACCAGAAGAUAUUGCAAGAACAUGUUAAACCCUGUGUAUCUUGAGGUUCCCAGUGGAGAAGUAUGGGAGGUUGAAGUGGAACAUUCUCAACCCCAAAUUUGGUUAGACAAAGGAUGGCAGGAUUUUUGUGACUAUUAUUCAAUAAGCUGUGGGCACUUUUUGAUGUUCGGAUACAAUGCUCGUUCCCAUUUUAAUGUCACUAUAUUUGAUUUGAGUGCAGCAGAAAUCGUAUAUCCAUAUAGUUUACACACCUUCCAUUGCCAUGAAACACACCAUGCACUAAAAAGUGACCUGUCUGAGUCGGAUGAUUCUGUAGAUAUCCUAGAGGGUAUUCCAGGAAGCCAGAAAUUGAAAGAAAAAAUUCCUGAUAUGGUUGAGCAUUCUGUUGAAAACCUAGGCCAUGGACAGUCCAGCAAAAGGAAAAGACACGAAGAGGAUGUAGCUUCACCUUCUUUCACAAGAGACGGCCAAAAAAGCAAUGAAGACUGCAGGAUUCACAAGCAACAAUCCAAGAGUGUUUACGAUCAGAACAAGACAGUAAUAGACAAAGAGAGCACUAUAGCAUAUCAAAAAGCAAAAGCUUUUAAAUCGAAGAAUCCGUUCAUCAUAUCUUUUAUGCAACCAUCAUAUGUCUCUACUCCAUUCAAUCUGUCCAUAGCGUCGAAAUUUGCUAGGAAGUAUUUCCUUGAGAACGAUGGCAAUCUAGUGCUUCGUGUUCCAGGAAGUGGAUCUUGGUCUGUCAAAUGCACUAUCAGAACAGCAAAUGCUAAAGUUCAUUCUGGUUGGAUGGCAUUCGUGCUAGAAAAUAAGUUAAAAGUUGGUGAUGCUUGUGUAUUUGAAGUGCUUAAGGGCCAGCUCUAUGUAGAUGUCAUAAUAUUUCGUGCAGCUGGGAGCACACUAAUGCACAAUAUAGUCGCAGAAGUGCCAGGGGAUUCUGAUAGUAAAAUUAAGGUUAUCAAAACUGAUAAUUCUGUUCCAUGUUCUCAACCCAAAGCAGUCCACGCCAAGACAUUAAAGCACCAUACUUCAUAUGGUCUCAACUCAAAAAUUAAAGAAGAACAUGGUGAAAGCACUGAGAUUAAGCAUUCUGCCGAGAUUUUGGGUCAUUGUCCGUUAAGACGUGGAAGCAAAAGGAAAAGGCUAGAAGUGGAUGCAGAAGAUGAUGCUGUGGAAAAUUCACAAGAAGAUGUAGCUUUGCCUUCUUUCACUAGAAAUACCAAAAAAAGAGGAGGAAGUUGUGGGAUUCGCAAGCAACAAUCCAAGAUUGUUUAUGAUAAGAACAAGACAGUAAUGGACAAAGAAGGGACUAUAGCAUAUCAAAGAGCAAAAGCUUUUAAAUCUAGAAGUCCAUUCAUUAUAUCUUUUAUGCAACCAUCGUAUAUCUCCACACCAUACAUUCUGAAAAUACCGUCAAAAUUUGCUAGGAAGUAUUUCCUUGAGAAUGAUCGAAAUUUAGUUCUUCGUGUUCCAGGCAGUGGAUCUUGGUCUGUCAAAUGCACUAUCAGAACAGGAGAUGCUACAGUCUAUUCUGGUUGGAAGGCAUUUGUGCUAGAUAAUAAGUUAAAAGUAGGUGAUGUUUGUGUAUUUGAAGUGAUUAAGGGCUCUCAGCUCUUUGUAGAUGUCACAAUAUUUCGUGCAGCUGGGAGCACACCAAUGCACAAUAUAAUCGCAGAAGUGCCAGGGGGUUCUGAUAUUAAAAGCAAGGUUAUCAAAACUGAUAAUUCUGUUCCAUGUUCUCAACCCAAAGUAGUCCAAACCAAGAAAUUAAGGCACCAGACAGGAGGUUCAUAUGGUCUCAACUCAAAAAUUAAAGAAGAACAUGGCGAAGGCACUGAGAUUGAGAAUUCUGUUAAGAUUUUGGGCCAUUGUCCGUUAGGACAUGGAAGCAAAAGAAAGAGACCAGAAGAGGAGGCAGCAUAUGAUGUUUUAAUUGACGUUCCCACCAAAAGUAUCAAGGUGGAAAACUUACAAGAGGAUGUAGCUUCACCAUCUUUAACAAGAAAACCCAAAAAAAGUGGAGAAAGUUGCAGGAAGCACAAGCAGCAAACUGAGAUGGUUUAUGCUAAGAAAAUGACAGUAUUGGACAAAGAUGGGACCAUAGCAUAUCAAAGAGCAAAAGCUUUUAAAUCUAAGAAUCCAUUUGUUAUAUAUUUUAUGCAGCCAUCAUAUGUCUCGAGACCAUACAAUCUGCACAUAUAUUUCUUAUUUGCUUGGGAAUAUUUUCGAGAGAAAUGUGGCGAUUUAGUACUUCGUGUUCCUGGCAGGGGAUCUUGGUCUGUUAAAUAUGACCUGGGGAUAUCUCCAGCGAGAAUUAGAUUCACUUGGAAGGCAUUCGUACUGGACAAUAAGUUAAAAAUUGGUGAUGUCUGUGUAUUUGAACUGAUUAAGGGCACUCAGCCCUUUUUAGAUGUCACUAUAUUUCGUGCAGCCGAGAGAAAACCAAUGCAUAAAAUGGAUGGACAGGUUUCUGAUUUUAAAAAUAAGAUAAUCAAAACUGAGAAUUCAGUUCCAUGUUCUCAACCCAAAAUAGUUAAUCUGAAUCUUGAAACGAAGCAGAAAGGAGAUUCCGAUGGUUUCAUCACUUCAAAAAUUAAAGAAGAACUCAGUGAAGGCACAACGAGGCAUGUGCAACAAUCUAAGUCUUCUUGUAUAGGCAGAGUGGUAGACAAAGAAAUGGUUAUGGCAUAUCAAAAAGCAAAAGCAUUUACAUCUACAUAUCCUUUCUUCUUAAGUUUUAUGCAACCAUCAUAUGUGUCUCCGGCCAGAGGCCCGAUGCAAUUGACCAUACCGCCGUCAGUAGCUAGGAAUUUUUUCCCCACUAGACAUAGUGACGUGGUACUUCAAGUUUCAAGCAAGAGAUGGUGGACUGUAAAAUGCACUCUUGGAAUAUCAAACGCGAAGUUCGGUACUGGUUGGAAGGAGUUUGUGCUGGGCAACAACCUAAAAGUUGGUGAUGUUUGUGUGUUUGAAUGGACUGGUAAAUCCAAACUACUGUUCAAUGUCAUCAUAUUUCCUUCUGCUGAAGGUAUUUAAGACUGUUUGAUCACUUGUUUAGUACUCUAAACUCCAAUGUAUAUUUUGUUUAGUCCUUUUUGAAAGGGAAAGAAACAAUGUAUGUAUGGAUCUCUAUUUUGUAAAGAGUUGAGCAUGCUCUACUCUGUCUGUUUCCUGCCUUCAUGUAUUUCAGAUUUGGAUAUUAAUAUAUGAGAUAUUUGUCAAAGCCUAA